AUGGUCAACUCGAAUAAUGCCCAAACUUCAUUAUGGGCACCACGGCAGCAUGCGAGAAGCCUAAUGAUUACCCUCCGGCCUUUUCUAAUCGGCGGCGCUUCAGGGCUUGUUGCCACCACGGUUAUACAUCCCAUUGACGUUAUUAAAGUGCGAGUGCAGCUUGAUGGGCAGUCUAGUAAGACUAGCAGUCGGUCAAGCCCUUUCGCUGUGGCCAGGGAGAUUGUGGUAAAGGGAAGAUUCCUCGACUUGUAUCAAGGGAUCUCUGCUGGGUACCUCCGGCAAAUUGUCUAUGGCACCGCACGAAUGGGUCUAUUUUACACUUUUGAGGAUAAGCUGAAGAAGAGAGCCAAACUGCAGGGCCGUGAAAUAUCAUUCAUAGACCGUGGGAUUGCAGGUCUUUGCGCGGGCGGGCUAGGCUCUUUCAUUGGGACACCAACUGAGGUUGCUUUGAUCCGAAUGCAGAGUGACGGGGCGAAACCAUUGCCGGAGCGAGCAAAUUAUCGAUCUGUAAUAGACGCGCUGAAGACCAUUGCGCGGAAAGAAGGUAUUCGUGGCCUAUGGAGCGGUGCAACUCCAACAGUCGUCCGGGCAUGUUCAACCAACUUCGGUCAGCUUGCGUCGUUCUCCGAAUCCAAGCAUCAACUAUCGAAACACACCAAUAUGCCAGAAUUUUCUAAAAGCCUAGUUGCGUCAGCAAUUUCUGGUACCGUCGCUGCCACCCUGAGCCUACCAUUUGAUUUCGUCAAAACCAGAAUGCAGUGGCGAUCAAGGCAGCAGGGGGGAGGCGUACGGUACAACGGCGUGUUAGAUUGCAUCAUCAAGGUGUUACAUACCGAGGGCCCGACCGCUUUCUAUCGUGGAUUCACCCCUUAUUACUUAAGAAUAGCACCUCAUGCGAUCAUCAUGCUGACGGUCUCUGACCUUAUUACAAAGAUUUGUCUGCCGUGGUGA